AUGCCCGCUUCAAGCUCCAAGUCCAAGCCCAAGCCUUCCGAGGUCGCCUCCGAGGCCAAGCGCUACUACAUUCCCCUGAUUAAAAACCAGUACGCAUCGACAUGGCGCACGUAUUCGUACAUCUAUCUUCAACCACUCCUCCAGAUCAACUUCGAUGACCGACCGGUUGACCUCUCCCGUCCUACCUUCUACGUCCAAAUUGGCGACCCGGUCGACGUUGCCCUCCAAUGGGCCGCUGAAGCUGGGCGACAGAUCCCGUUCAUCUGCGCUGCGAACGACAAGCGGCCCGGCGGUGACUGGGAGACCGGAGUUGUUGGCUAUGAAGAGCGUCUAUGCCGCAGAAGUACACUGGCAGCCUGCCUGCCCACUCCGGGGCCAGAGUCAGCAGUUGGCAGCCAUUAUCCCAUCCCGAUCUAUGCUGGGAUCUACUCUCCUGAUGUUGUCGUUUUCCGUGGCCCCCAUGACAAAUACGAAAAUAAGCCGCUCGAACAAUGGCGCUCACUUCCGGUCGUCUCAGUCCCUCCCCCGCGUUGGCCCAAGCUGACACAAAACGGCACCAAAUACUCUUUUACCGACGAGCGGGAGAUUGUCAAGGAGAAGCUGCGCGGCGCGUUGCGCAUUUGCGCCAUUAACAACUACGACACUGUGGUCAUCGGCGACUUUGGCCUCGGCAAUGGUUACCGAAACCCGCCGCAGGAGUUGGCUGAGCUAUGGCGCGAGGUCCUGCUGUACGAUCCGGACCUGCGCGGCCGCAUCCGUUACGUCGCAUUUGUCUUUGAGGAUCCCGACCAGAGAACCGCGCAGCUCAUCUUGGACGAUAUUGCCAAGAAGGCGGGCAGGAGCUCCGGUAGUAGUCGGUCGUCUAAGUCGUCCAAGAGCUCGUCGUCCAGUUCAGGAUCAUCGUCGAGCGUCAGUGGGUGUCCGACGGAUUUUGAGAUCUUUUCGCAGGUGUUUGAUGCCGAUGAGAUUACGCGGUAUAUGGCACAACCGGAUGCCAGAUAUGAGCUGUGCAAUUUGCUUACAAACUAG